AUGCACUCCCUCGCGGAUCAGGAAAGCUCGCCUUCCCAUCGCCGCCCGCGCCAGUCAUCGCCGCCCUCGUCGUCGCUCGCCCCACCGUCGAAGCGCCCCAAAUUCGCCGACGCAAGCAUGGCCAGCGCCACGGUGCGCGGCAAGCUGCCCGAAAUCAUUGACCUCAGCGAGCAGCCGUCCGCCUUUCAGCCACAUGCCGGCGCAAAAAAGCUCGUCAUCAAGAACCUGCGCCGCCCCGGCAACCGCGACGCGCAGAUCGAACAGUACUACGCCCGGACGGAAAAGAAUCUCGACGAAGGGCUGAGUGCCAUCUUUGCGGGACAGAAGCCGGCUGUGCCACUGGAGAAACUGUAUCGGGGCGUCGAGGAUGUCUGCCGCAAAGGCAGCGCCGAAAAGGUCUACCGUUUGCUGAUGAAGCGCAUCGAGAAACAUUUGCAGUCGGUAGUUCUUCCUCGAAUAGGCAAGCCAGGUGGUGCGCCGCAAGUUGAUAUAUUGAGAAAUGUCUUGGCGGAGUGGAAGCUUUGGAAUAGCCAAACGGUUCUCAUUCGGUCCACAUUCAGCUAUCUCGACCGAACAUAUCUGCUACGGGAAGCCCUUCCAUCCAUCAACGACAUGACGAUUUCACAAUUCCGCAGAAUACUAUUUAGCUCACAAUGCGGAAGCCAAAGUCUCGAAAGCGACGUCAUCGGCGGAGUUUGCGUCUUGGUGGAAUACGACAGACGUGGCACUCCUCCGCUGGAAGCCGAAUUGCUGAAAGAUGCAAUCAUGAUGCUAUACGUCCAAGGCGUUUACACAAAAUACUUUGAACCGGCCAUAAUUCAAACCUCCAAAGCCUACUUUGAAGACUUUGGAACCUCGCGGAGCAUAUCUGGCUUAAAAGAGUAUAUUGCAGCUUGUGAGGAGCUGCUCGUCAGCGAAGCGAAUCGUUGCAUGGCAUACAACCUGGACAGCACAACGGAGAGACUAUUGAUGGAGCUGGCACAUCGAAUAUUGAUUCACGAUUACUCUGAGAAGCUGCUCAACGAGGGCAGCUUGGCGAAUCUUAUGGGCGAUAAGGAUAUGAAGUCGAUGAAGGGUCUUUACGACCUGCUCAAACUUUCCGGUCUACAGAAGAAGCUCAAGGAGCCUUGGGCUGACUACGUCAGAAAGACUGGCGCGGCCAUCAUCUCUAACAAGGAACAGGGCGACGAGAUGGUUAUUCGUCUUUUGGAGCUGCGCCGAUCUUUAGACUUGAUGAUCCGCGAUGCUUUCGGCAGAGACGAGGAUUUUCUGCGAGGCAUGCGUGGAGCGUUUGGCGGAUUCAUGAACGAUCGUACCAUCGCUGCCUGCUGGGACACCGGGACGUCCAUGAUUGGCGAAAUGACUGCUAAGCAUAUCGACAUGCUACUGCGCGGCGGCUUGAAGACUCUGCCCAAGUCGUUACUGUCUGAUGUUCAAGACCGAGCUACCGCAGAACGAGAAGGUCAGGCGAGUACGGGCGACGAAGAUGCCGAGCUAGACAGGCAGUUGGAUAACUCACUCGAACUGUUUCGCUUUAUUGAAGGAAAAGAUGCUUUUGAGGCCUUUUAUAAAAAAGACUUGGCGAGGAGAUUACUUAUGGGCCGCAGCGCUAGCCAAGACGCCGAACGCAAUAUGCUAACGAAGCUUCGAGGAGAAUGUGGCUCCAACUUUACGCACAAUCUGGAACAAAUGUUCAAGGACCAGGAGCUUGCAAAAGACGAGAUGGAGGCAUACAAGCAGCACUGUCAGUACACAUCCGAAAGUAAAUCGCCUGUGGAUCUUCACGUCAUGGUCUUGUCGGCAGCCGCCUGGCCAACGUAUCCCGAUAUACGCCUGAACCUACCCGAUGACGUCGCCACCCAGAUUGAGAAAUUUGACCGGCACUACAAAGGCAAGCACACGGGCCGCGUGCUGACCUGGAAGCACUCACUCGCGCACUGCUCUGUCAAGGCCGUCUUCCCUAAAGGCUCAAAGGAGCUUCUCGUGUCCGCCUUUCAGGCCGUCGUGCUGCUCAUGUUCAACGAGGCCAGCGGCCCCCUCACGUAUGAUCAGCUCUCGACCGGCACGGGUCUGACGGGUGGAGAGCUCGAGCGCACUCUGCAGUCGCUGGCGUGCGGCAAGGCGCGCGUUCUGAGCAAAUACCCCAAGGGCCGCGACGUCAAGAAGACGGACACGUUUACAUUUAAUGCCGCGUUUGCGGAUCCAAAGUACAGGGUCAAGAUUAACCAGAUCCAGCUCAAGGAGACCAAGGAGGAAAACAAGGCGACUCACGAGCGCAUCGCGCAGGACCGGCGCUUUGAGACGCAAGCCGCGAUUGUGCGGAUAAUGAAGAGCCGCAAAGCCAUGGGCCACGCGGAGCUGGUGGCUGAAGUCAUCAAUUUGACCAAGACGCGAGGCAGUGUAGAGCCUGCCGCCAUUAAGAAGGAAAUUGAAAGUUUGAUCGAAAAGGACUACAUAGAGCGUGAGGGAAACGCGUACACGUACUUGGCGUAA